AUGAAUUUCCGUCCCCCUGUAAAACUCCUCCAACUCAGUGUCAUAUCCGCCCAAGACCUAGCUCCGGUCUCCAAACAAUUACGCACCUAUGCCGUUGCAUGGGUCUAUCCUGACCGGAAAUUCACCACCCGCGUCGACCGCCUCGGCCACAACAACCCCACAUGGAACGACAAGUUCACGUUCCCGGUGGACGACCGGUUCCUCAGCUCCGACAUCGCCGUGGUCACCAUCGACAUCUACUCGGUCUCCUGGUUGAGAGACAUCCCCAUUGGGAGCGUCCGCAUCCUAGUCAACGACCUCAUUCCGCCACCUUCGUGGUUCAAGAAUAAUUCCGCCACCCGGGUGGUCCCACUUCAGGUCACCCGCCCCUCGGGUGUCCUGCAAGGAACCCUAAAUGUCGGGGUUAAUCUCCUCGAUAGUAGAAUGCGUAGCAUGCCUCUCUCUAGCAGUUCUUUCGGGCACGAGGAUCGAAAAAGCCUGCUAGAAAGGGACGAAAUGUUUGGCCAGCGGGAGCAAUUAUGGCGCUCUCUAAGCGACCAAACCAUGUCGGUUAUCGAAGAUUAUGUAACGCGGGAAGAGUCGUUGAGCAACGGAUCAACGAGAACUGGAUCGGAUUUUGGGGUACGAGAGAAUGUUAGGUCAAAAACUGGGUCAGUUUGCUCGUAUAUUCGACCAUUGCCAUCGGAGGUGGCUGCAGAACUGCAUAAAGGGUUGUACGCAACGAGGGGGAACGAAGUUGGGAGCUCGGUGUUGGAUGAUUGGACAAUGGGGGGUGAAAGUGAGAAAGGGGGAAAGCCGGAGAUCGUGCAGUGGACGACGGAUUAUGUACCGUUGAAGUCCAAUCGGGAGCGGGAACGGUCGCGGAGGCGCUCUGGGGGAGGGUUGCUUUCGUGCUUUGGGAUUGCGUGCGGGUAUGAAUGUAAUUUAUUUUGCGGGAAGCCGAGUAAGAAGAAAAAUAAAAAGAAGAAAUUUGGUACGUAG